ACCUGCCCGCAGUCUCAACCGGCCAGUUUCAAAGGAAGAUCAGACCGCUCUUACUGUUUAUUUCACUUCGCGACUUUCAUUGCUACUCAUUCGUGCUUUGCAACUUCCUUCCGGACAGCAAACUCUAGCAAACUUCUUCCAGUUCAAAUACCCCACAGCUCUUAGCCAUGGUGAAAGCAGUCGUCCUCGGUGCCGCUGGUGGCAUUGGCCAGCCUUUGUCACUCUUGUGCAAGAUCUCUCCCCUCAUCGAUGAACUCUCCUUGUUCGAUGUUGUCAACACUCCUGGUGUUGCCGCCGAUCUCUCUCACAUUUCCUCCGUUGCUUCCAUCGGUGGCUUUGUAGCAGCCAAGGGGGACUUCAAAGGAGAGAAGCAAGAGACGGAAGAUGCAAAGAAAGAAGCCUUGACUGGUGCAGAUAUUGUCAUCAUCCCAGCCGGUGUUCCUAGAAAGCCUGGUAUGACCAGAGAUGACCUCUUCAAGACCAAUGCCGGUAUCGUCAAGGAUCUCAUUGUCGCCAUCAGCAAGUACUGCCCCAAGGCAUACAUCUGCGUCAUCUCAAACCCUGUCAACUCAACCGUCCCCAUUGCCGCAGAAGUCCUGAAGAAGGCUGGUGUCUUCGACCCCAAGAAGCUCUUCGGUGUCACAACCCUCGAUGUCGUCCGUGCUCAGACGUUUGUCGGCGAUAUCGUCGGCGAGAAGGAUCCCCGCAAGUUGACCAUCCCUGUCGUUGGUGGCCAUUCGGGCGCCACCAUUGUGCCUCUAUUCAGCCAGGCCAAGCCUUCAGUCAAGAUUCCAGAAGACAAGCUUGAUGCAUUGGUCAACCGUGUGCAGUUCGGUGGUGAUGAGGUUGUCAAGGCCAAGGAUGGUGCUGGCUCCGCAACUCUCUCUAUGGCCUAUGCUGGUUUCAGAUUCGCCGAGUCCCUGAUCAAGGCAUCCAAGGGCGAGAAGGGUAUUGUUGAGCCAACCUUUGUCUAUCUUCCUGGUGUCGAAGGUGGCGACGCUAUUGCUAAGGCGACUGGCUGCGAGUACUUCUCUGUACCUGUUGAACUCGGCCCCAACGGAGCUGAGAAAGCCAUCGACAUCCUCAGCAGCGCCAACGACUAUGAGAAGAAGCUCCUCGAGGAGGCCAUCAAAGGUCUCAAGACCAACAUCGAAGCCGGUGUCAGCUUCGUCAACAACCCACCCAAGUUAUGAAACAAACAUUGUGAACCUCGGAGUUUCCACGACAUGAUUCCAUAGCUGCCAGACAUUUUCUGGAGAGAUCACGUAGAAAGGACCUUGAUCAAUGCUUCUUGCAAGCUUCAGAUUUGCAAUGAAUGUUUUCGAUCACAAUUCUGUCUUCACGCUCUGAAGCUCUUCAUGUUUUUGCUUGUGAUGUUUUGAUCUGGAAUGUCGCGAACGGCAAUUCCG